AGGGGGCCACCAUAAAAGGUGUCUCUGCCACAGAUCCGAAUCAAGACUGAUCACUUUUGUCCAGACAUUUAUAAAAGCAGUCUUCUCCAAAUAGAUUCCAAUUGUAAUCCUAACUCAAGAAGAGAAUGUGUGUGUUUAAUUUGCUGAUAACGUAAACCAGUGGCAAUAACAUAGAAUAAAGUAACUUGGCUGAGAGGCAUCCUUGAGCCAUUCCAAAAGCGAAUCUACAGUGAAAAAAAUAAAACACAACAAUAAAAAGUGCUUAUUGAAGAAGAUAUAAAGUCCUUGAAUCCUGUAGAAGUCAGUCCGGAUUCCGGAGAAGCCACAACGUCGUCCACAAAACCAUCGACGUCGACUGCCGCCGCUGCAACCGCUGCUGCUGCUGCCGGACAAGUAACCGGAUCGGGAGCAGGAUCUGCUGCUGGCCAUCAAAGGAGCGGCGGACGCAGCGGCCAGCGACGACGUAGUAGCAGCAGUAAUCCACACGCCGGCACAACGAAAGCGACCAGCGGCAGCGGUGGAGCUGGCAGCGCCGGCGGAGGAGGCGGUGGCGGCGGAGGAGGUGGUGGCGGAGGCGGAGGCGGGGUCAAGCAGAGCGUCAGCCGGAAUAGCAACAUUCGGAGCAGCAGCUCCAACAGCACCAUGGCCUCGGCGAAUCACCGCGGCGGCGGCGGACGUGGCGGUGGCGCCGUCGCCGGUGCCGGUGCCGAUGGGAAUGCCAUUGUUGGCCUUCAGAUCGGCUCCGCCUGGUUUCAGCGCAAGAUCAACCUGAGGCCGCAGCAUCGUGGCGUCCAUCUGGUCACCGAGGAGAUACUCCGCCAAAUGCCGGAGCUGGCGCACUUUUCCGUGGGAUUAUGUCAUAUGCAAAUUCUUCACACCUCGGCGAGUUUAGCGUUAAACGAAAGCUGGGAUCCAGACGUCAGAGACGACAUGGAGAUGAUGUUGAAUAAAAUAGUUCCCGAAGGCUUGCCCUACAGGCAUUCGUGCGAAGGACCCGACGAUAUGCCCGCGCACGUCAAGGCCUGCUUCCUGGGCAGCUCACUGACAAUCCCGAUUACCGACGGCAAGCUCUCGCUGGGCACGUGGCAGGGCGUGUGGCUGUGCGAGCACCGCGACCAGGCCGGCUCAAGGAAGCUGGUGAUCACGCUGACGGGCUGUCCGCGAGAGCAGGUGCGCAGCCCGCUGUCCCCCGUCUCGCCGAUCGCCAGUACGUCCAGUUAGGGGCGGCCUCGCUCCACCCGCGACAGCCGGUAAUCGCGGGGGAGCGACAAUAAUGCCAUCAUUUCGUCGAGGCGGCUGAUACUGCAGAAUAAUUUAGCUAGGGCGACGGCCCAGCAGCGGGCGGCGGCGGUGAUUGCCGCCGGGCGGGGGGGAUUGGGUGGCGGAUGCCAAUCGAAGGUGGCGCCACCUAAUGUCCCCGGUGUCGAGACGAAGACCGCCCGCCUGCUGCUCCGCCAGCAACUGCACCUCAAUCUCAAUUUGAAUGUGCAGGAGACGCUGCGCGAUGGCGUCGAUAUCGAUGAUGUGGACGAGGAUGUCGGCGACGAUGAGGAGGAGGCAACGAAUACGACGACGAAUACGACUUCGGAGCAACUCAGCAUCGUGGCCACCGGUGAUAAUCUACAAACCGUCACAACAGUGCCUCAAACCAAUGAACAACUUAAAGCUAAGGUCACCACCACCACAGCAGCAUCCAGUUCAUCAUCUUCAGCAGCAGGAGGAGCAGCAGCAUCCAGUGCAUUAGCUAAAUUCAACCGCAUCAUAGACUCCACGAUGGAAAGGCCACAGGCGACAUCGGCGACGGCAGUUGCCACAUUGCCGCAGCUGAGCAGUGCCACACUGCAGCAGCGCUUCAACCUGGCCUAUCCGGAGUUGGUGACCCAACAACAACAACAACAACAACACCAGCCACACCAACUGCAUGAUGCGGGAAAGCAGAACAACAGCAGCCUCAAGGGGAACCAGAGAUUAGAUCGUGGCUCAGGCGCCGUUGCCAGCACUCCAUUAACAUUUAAAGCACACAAAUCUUUAGCAACGGCGAAGGAGAAUGAGCAGGUGGCUCGCCGGGAGGAGGACCCACAGGGGCAUCAUCCUCUCGACGAGACAGCAGGAGAGGAUUACGGCCCGAACGACGAUGAUCAUCCCCACCACGACGAGGAUAAUCAAAUGAAACGAAAUGAUGUGCAUUAUUUGUUGAAACAGUUAAAUAGUUUUAGUGAUAUAGAAGAAAUAGAAAUUGUUGAUAUGAAGCAAAGAGAGCAGCAGCAGCAGCAGCAGCAGCGACAGUGGCAGCGCCAGGGGCAGGGGCAGGGCUCGGAGCAGACGCGUCCAAUGCCGAUGGCAUCCAGUUCGCUGGUGACCAUGGUGCUGCCCAAUUCGCCCACGCCCGCGUCACCAUCCACGCAGUCGCACAAGCUGGGCGUGAGCUCGCUGCUCCUGCCGCAGCACCAGCCCCAGUUUGACGACUACCUGUUCGAGUCCUGCCACUACUUGGAGACAAACUACUUUGCCGCCACCUAUCGCACUGCCAUGGUCGAGAGCAGCUCCCACGAGUUCCGGCCCUCGACCAACAGCAGCUCGAACAGCUUCGAGCUGCACGAAAUGGAGCCGCCCAGUGUCAUCUGCAAGGCGCCGCCGCCACCACCACCUCCGGCAGCUCCGCCCGAAUACCGUCAGUAUUCCGUGGAGACACGGCUGACCACCAGCGGUGUGCAGACGGAGCUCACGGCCGAGUCGCUGGCCAAGCUGAGCAACAGCACUAGCUCCUCAUCGACGAGGGCGCCCCCGUUCUUCCGGUGCUGUUACACGCCCAUCGAUCGAUGGCGGGAGAAGCGUCAGCAGAAGAGCUCCUCCACCCCCGAAUCCGGCUCGGCGCCGCCGAAGAACGUCUGACACUGGGUGUGGGCUGCCACUCGGAGAUCCAACAUGUGCCUGGCUAACCCAUAUCAGAGAUGCAACCAGAUUGGGGAUUUCUUGCGAUAUUUUUUGAAAGUAAAUGAGCAAAAAUUAAUUCUUUGCAUUUUUUUCCACUUAAAUUUCAUCUCAAAACAAUGUUUUUGGCUAGUUUUUUUCACAUUCCAAAAGAUUAAAAUAUAAAUACUCGAAAAUAUUGGAGGAAAUCCGAACAGUUUGGUGCAUCCCUGCUACUUGGGAUGCUGUUCUCAUUUGCGAUAUCAACAAGAGAUUCCAUUUCGAAAGACAGUCGACACACGACACUCGUAUCGCGUACCCUAAUCAUUCGAUGGAGAGUUCAUUACUGUACAAUUUAUAUAUGCUAAAACAUAAAAAUUAACAAAUAUUAGUAAACAAUUUUUUAUAAAUACACACACACACACACGAACACACAACAUUCGCACAUCUUUGCAAUACACCAAAAAAAAAAAAAAAGAAAAGAAUUGGAAACUUUGUAUAAAAGAUCUGACUUGAGAUCUGUUCGCACUCGAAUGGAAUGCUUAGCAGAAUGUAUAGUUCAGUGUUUCAAAAAUGAUUUUGAAACAGUGAUCGUAGAUAAUCUGGAAGGCAUUUCCCUUUGCUGAACUCAACUUGGGCCGAGAUCCGAGAAAUGUAUCCGAGAAUGUUUCGACAGAAUAUUGUUAAAAAAUAAACCUAAAAUGUAGACAGAAAUGGGCAGAAGACGAGAGCUUGUAUAGUAAGUUGGUAAAAUAAUUAAAGAUCAUGUUGAUAAUAUCCAGUCACAUAGAUGAGAAGAAGGCGCGCACGCCAGCACUUUUGUUCCAAUCUAGAUUCCUCCUCCGCUUCUACCAGGUCCCAGUUCGAGUCCGAUUCCAAGGACUCCUUCGAAAUUAAAAGCGUGUGCGCCGAUAGACACCAAAAAAAAAGGAUGAAGGAUUAAAGCAAUUGUUAUAUCAAUUAGAGAACACUACUCGUAUUUUGUUGAAUUAUCAUUUAAGCGAUCCAAGUCGUUGCUGUUUGAAUUGGAAAUUGUGGAUAUUCCGUUUCGAAAUUUGAAGAUUUUAAGGAAUUGUUGUUAGGGCACAAGGAGAUGCUGCUAUACAAGCAAAGUAUAAAUUACAAAACGAUUCAACUCUUAACCAACCAAGAGCAAUAUUAGUUUUAAAUCAGUUUCGAUUUGUCAAUUUUGUUGAAAACAUAUACGCAAAUAAAACUAAAAAUCAAAUAUAUCACUAACAUAACUAAGCCUCGAGAUCACGCUUUGGUUUAUCAAAAAAAUAAAAAUAAAUAAAAUAUAUAUCCGAUUGGAAAUGCAAUCUGCAACACAAAAAAAAAAAAAACAAUUUUUCUUUCUGCUCAACUACGAACUGAGACGACGACUCGGUUUCAGGAUUUUUCAGCUAAGUUCUUCCAACAGAAAGUGCAGAUUUGUCUCUGAGGGAGAAAGUAACAAGAAACCGCAUAAAUGCCUUUUACAUGCCCACACGUACACUAGAAAGAAAUCGUAGUAGAAUCGAGUUACCAGCAUCCAGAGAGGUGACGAAAGUUAGUCAAUAAUCGCAAGCGAAAGUGAACUAAUUUAUUUGAAACAUAUAUAUCAAGAUGUUGAUUGUGUUAAUCAUUGAAACGAAUGGCAUAACAAAUAAGUUGUUAACAAGAAGUUACAAAAUGAAUAUUAAGAAUAGUGGAUACCGUUGACGAAGGGAGCUGAAGCCGUUAGUAAAAUUACCUAUUGUUGUAUGUUUUAUUCGAAGCGCACGAAAUUAAAUAAACAUUAACGUAAUCGUAAUUAAAUCGUAAUUAAAACGGAAGAAAAACUGUAGGUAAUGUGAAAUUUUUGUAAACUUUUUGAUAUGUGAUGAUGAUUUGGAUAAAUUAGAGCCACAAACGGGAGAUAAUUAAUACCUUAACCUAGCCAUAGAUAUUUAAACUAAUUAAAAAAAAAAAUAAUAAUGAAAAGAAAACGAAAAAAAUGUAGCGCUAAAAUGGAAAGCUAGCUAAAUUCUAAGAAAAAGGAUACGAAGGAUAACCGGAUGCAUCAGUCGCUCUCAGUUGUUAUGCAAUAAUAUUUAAUUAUAGUAGUCUCGGCCAGCCGAAGCACCAAUCAGGGCUCCUUCCAGGACCCUCCAUGAUCCGGACAUGAUCCGGAGUCCGGACUAGGAUCUGGAAGGAGCUGUUAUUAUUAGCAAUAUUGAAUAUUCGAUUCAAGGCAAUUCAAUUGUAUUAACGACUUUGAUAAAUCUGACGAGCUAGCGAAUAGUGAGUGCAUUGUAGGAGCCUAGCUGAGGAGUCAUUGAUUAUUGAAAGAAAUUGAUUAUGAAAAUGAAUACUAAGUGUAACUAAGCGAUUAAGUAGCGAAAAUAUAUUCAAUUGUAAAUAGAGUCUUCAUUUACGAUUCGACUUGACUUGGUUAUCAUUCCGACAAUUAUAUGUUAUCAUGGGGAAAGUAAAUGACCGACACAGAUACACGAAAAAGCUUUAAUUAAUUUAAUUACAAAAAAAUAAUAAAUAAAAAUGGAAAAAAUAUAAAAAUCUACUACAAUAUUUAACAAUAAUCAUUUUUGAUAUCAUUCCCAUUGCCGUAAAGAAGAAGGAUUCCAUUGUAGAUACCUAUUGAGCAGCUCGUAAUUAAUUAAUUAACUAGUCCGCUAAGAGUCGUCAAUGUCGCCUAAUGUGAGUUCUAUAUAUUGCAUCAGAUUAAAAAAUAACAACCGAGAGCAUAAUUAGCUGUAAACCAAACAAAUCGCAACUAAUUGUAAUCAGAACAGAGAACAGAGAAAAACAGAACAUGCCUAAAUAAAAACACCCACA